AUGUUACAAAUCAUUUUCAUUAUCCAUUGUAUAGUUAAUUAUUUAAUACUAGCAGAUAAUUCAUCAUCAUCAUCUUACAAUCAAUGUCAAUCAAAUUGGCAUUAUCUUUCAGAAGAAACAAUCUGUAUUAUAUUUGCAACAUCACAAGCAGGUGAUAUUUCAUGGUAUAAUAGUUAUAAAGCAUGUCAAACAAGUUCUGCACAACUUCUAACGUUUUCGAAUUCAAUCAAAUUUCAAUUAGUUCAGAAAAAAAUUCAUCAAUUAGAAUAUGAUAAUCAAAUCUAUUUAGAUUAUAUUCAACGAGGUGCUUGGAUUGGAAAUGCUAAAUGGUCAAAAGAUAAUUUAUGUGAUAGUACAAGUACAACAAUUGAAGAUCUUCAAUUAAAUUGUAUUAUAUUAACAAUACAUUCAAAUAAUCAAUCUUUAUGUCUAAAACGAGUAUCAUGUAGAGAAAAACAUCCAUUUAUAUGUCAAAAGAAAGCAAUAACUGAAAAAGAAUUAAUUGAAAAUACUAUGGAAAGAUUAAACUUUUUAAAAUGUCUCAUAAUUAUAUGGUGUAUUAUUGAUAUUACAAAACAGAAAAAUAAAGAAAAAAAAGAAAAAUAUGAAGCUAUGCUUGCACAACAACAAGCUGAACAAUUACAAGCAUAUAUAAAUCAAUUUGAUUUUGAGUUACCCGAAGAAUCGCAAUUAAAUGGUGAGUUUUAUAUUUCAACAAAUCAUAAACUAAAUUAG